CGGGGCUUUCCUCCAUGACGUCACGCACCGGAGCGGGUGGAGAAAGCGACAGCUGCAGCUAUCACACAACACCAGAAAAUCGUGCUAAGCCACCGGGGCGCAGCGAUUUUUCACGCCACCUUCAGCUCCCGAGAGGGGGAUUCGCUCAGCAGGAAGAGUCUGUUGGUCGCGGAGCUUUUUAUUUUGAUUUUUUUCUCGUCGGGAGCGGGCGAUACAACCGAAGGAGGAAGCCCGCGAGAGACGCCUUCUUCUCCGCAUCGAGGGCGAAAAGCUGAGCCCAGCGGCUGGAAGGACCAAGGAUCUCCUCUGCUCUCAAGUUGUGGAUUCUUUUGCCUUUUUUGGGUAGGGUGGGGGGGGUUGCUUUUUGAAGAGUCCCGCACUGAAAGAGACAAAUCAUCAACAAGGGAAAUGAAGAUGUACAAAGUCGGAGAAAAAGUCUUCACUUGGCUUUUAUUUUCAUUCUGAAAGCUCCCGAAAGGAAGUCUCUCGAGUAUGGUACUCAAAUUUCCAUGCUCCGCCCAAAGUCUUGAGUUAUCUGGUUUCCCGCUAAACGUUUUCAAACGGAGGCUCUCGUUUCCUCAUCUCCGACUGUGACUGUUUCGAGCUCCAAAUAAAAAAUGGGCUCGGAGAAGGACUCUGAGUCACCGCACUCCUCACUGAGCGGCGUCCCUAACCCAAAGUGCCGGGCGGCCGGAAAACGUCGACGCCGCAUCUCCUUUCAGAGCCUCUUCCACGGCAAGCGGGGCUCCCGGGCGGCCAAGGGCCCCAAAGGAGGGGCCGCCACGCCGCAAUCCCACCCGCCCCACGCUCAGCAGCAGCUUCUUCCAUCGACCGCCUUGAGCCCGACCCCGCCGGUGCCACCCGCGCCCACUCCGGCAGCCGACGCCCCCGAGGAUGCCGCCCCGAGCACCCCCUCCGGGCGGCUCUCUUCCAGCCGGGCCUCCCUGGGCGGCGAAGCCCCAUCUGAGGACGGCGAGCUCUUGGAGUGCCCCCUGUGCCUGGUGCGCCAGCCGGCCGAGCAGCUGCCCGAGCUGUUGGGCUGCAGCCACCGCUCCUGCCUGUGCUGCCUUCGCCAGUACCUGCGCAUCGAGAUCACAGAGAGCCGCGUCCAGCUCAGCUGCCCCGAGUGCGCGGAGCGCCUGGCGCCCCGGCAGGUGGCCGACAUCUUGGACGACGCCGCGCUCCUGGACAAGUACGAGGAGUUCUUGCUGCGCCGAUGCCUCGCCUCGGACCCCGACUGCAGGUGGUGCCCGGCACCCGAUUGCGGGUUUGCCGUCAUUGCUUCCGGUUGUGCCAGCUGCCCCCGGCUGGUGUGCCGGCGUGAGGGCUGUGGCGCCGAGUUCUGCUACCACUGCAAACAGGCCUGGCACCCCAACCAGACCUGUGACUCGGCCCGCCAGCAGAGGGCGCAGUCACUGCACACGCACAAUACCCACUCGCCAAGCUACACCCAAGAGCAGGGACCAGCGGACGACAUCAAGCCGUGCCCGCGCUGCGGCGCCUACAUCAUCAAGAUGAACGACGGCAGCUGCAAUCACAUGACCUGCGCCGUGUGCGGCUGCGAGUUCUGUUGGCUGUGCAUGAAGGAGAUCUCGGACCUGCACUACCUGAGCCCGUCUGGCUGCACCUUCUGGGGCAAGAAGCCGUGGAGCAGGAAGAAGAAAAUUCUGUGGCAGCUGGGCACACUCAUCGGUGCCCCCGUGGGCAUCACGCUCAUCGCCGGCAUCGCCAUCCCUGCCAUGGUCAUCGGCAUCCCCGUCUAUGUUGGCCGCAAGAUCCACGCUCACUACGAAGUGAAGAAGACGUCUCGCCACCGCAGGAACUUGGCCAUCACGGGCGGCGUGACCUUGUCCAUCCUCACCGCGCCCGUCAUCGCCGCCGUCAGCGUGGGCAUCGGCGUGCCCAUCAUGUUGGCAUACGUUUACGGUGUGGUGCCCAUCUCGCUGUGCCGAGGAGGCGGCUGCGGCGUGAGCAGAGGGAAGGGCCGGGGGGUGCGUAUCGACUUUGAUGAGGACGAUGGGCCGAUCACAGUGGCGGAUGCGUGGCGAGCGCUCAAGUCGCCAAGCCUCGGCGAGAGCAGCCUGGACGGUGCGGUGAGCGGUCUAAGCACCACCUCCCCCAGUGAGGGGCUUUCAAUGGUGCCGGGGACCGUCGGGGAAGCGCCCCACUUCAACACCCUGGCCGGCGGCGCGCUGGGGGCCCGCGCAGGCAAAUACAGCAGGCUGGAAGUGCAGGCGGGAGAGUUGGCCAAGGAGUCGACCCAGAAGGAGACGGGGAGCUUGGGGGCGGGGAGCGACUGUGCCAGUACGCGCGGGAUGGCCGGCUCCAUCAUCUCCUCCUACACGCUGCCUGACAGGGAGUGCACCAACCUGGAAAUCCAAGUGGACAUUGAGACCAAACCCAGCCACCUCUGCCUGACCAGCGAGGAGGACCUUGCUCCAGCCGCCCCCGCGAGCACCAUGGUAGGGGAGGAGCCCCUGGACUGCAGCUCCAGGCGGGGCGGCGCUGCGGGCCUGUCGCCGGGCGGCUCGGUGCGGGACAAGGACGAGGGCCUUCACGACGUCACUCUGGCUCAGCCCGAAAGCAUCCGCAGCGACUUGGAGAUGUCCGACACGCAGUCGGACGACAUCGCCGAGCUGACGUCAGAUGACUGCGACUCGCCCCGCCGGCCCAAGGGACCGCUGCCCGCGCAAGCCGCCUCGUGCCGGGCCAUGAGCACCCCCACUGAAGGCCUUCACUGUCCUCCCGACGCCAACGUCGUCCUGUAUGUGUGAGAUGCCGGAAGAUUUGAAAAGCUUUUUGAGCAUUUCUUCCAUAUCCUGGAUAUCCAUCUUGAGAUCUACUAGUCCAAGUCUUUGUCUUCACUGGUAAGACAAUUUGGCGCGCUAGUAGACCGACUGAAUACCAAGCAUAUUCAAUAAACGCUCAAAUGUCUUUUCAAAGACAGCAGCUCUCAGGAACGCACAACAAACAUUCUGACUUCCCUUAAUGUUGUUGUUUUUUUUUUCCUGUUUGUUUUAUUUCCUGCUUUCUUGCCUCCAGUAGACGCGCCACCCUGGCGACCGGCUGACAAUUUUCUCAUUGUCAGAGUUCUACCUCUGAGAUUUAUAUGUGCGUGUUUACUCCCUGGGAUAAAAUGCCUUGGCUACUAUUUAAUUUGGGGGGGAGAAAGAGGUACAAGUUUUCCACACAAGCAGGUGAAACCUGGCGCACAGCCCCAGCGGCAGUCAACAAUUUUCACGUGUGUAACGCGUGUGUGUGAACGUGUGUGUGUGAGAGAAUGAAAGAAAAACUGUGGCUUUGUUUUCCCCCUCAUGUUCUGUUCAACUCGUCACUUGCUGUGUGCGCAUGAGCCUGGUGUGGAAGAUUUACCAACGUUAAUGCACAGCAAAUACACAAAAUAAAUUUCUGUAGAUGAGUACUACACUGUUUAUUGAGUAAGUAACAUUUUGACACCUACGAGAGCCACACAGACUUUUGGGAGGUGCAAGCGCAACGCAGUGGCGCCUCGAGAAUCAAGUGACCCGACUUAAAUUUUUGAGAUCCCGGCUGUCGUUAGAGCAUUUUCAACUUUAUUUUUUCUUGCAUUGACCUGAGUUAAAUUCUGAAAUACGAGUGCCAUAUCUCGGAA